AUGGCGUCUGAUCCAUUCGACGACGUUUUCACGCUCGAGGACCGCUACUACCGCCAGGGCUAUCAGCAAGGCGUCGAGGACGGCCAAGCCGCCGGGCGCAUCGAGGGCCGCCAGUUUGGCAUGAGCACCGGCUUUGACAAGUUUCUCGAGAGCGGCCGCCUCGCCAGCCGGGCCCUUGUCUGGGCCAACCGCCUCCCGCCUUCCACCAGUGCGGCCUCUGGUCCAGCAACAGGCGCUUCGGGCCCCCAGCAGACCUGCACGUUACCGCCACUACCAGACAACGCCAGACUCGCCAAGAAUAUCAAAAUGGUCUAUGGACUGGUCGAGCCCGAGACGCUCUCGACGGCCAACGCAGAUGAGGAUGUGCAGGACUUUGACGACCGCUUUAAGCGCGCACAGGGGAAAGCCAAGGUGGUCGAGAAGAUGAUUGGGUAA